AUGCUCAACAUUCGAGAAUUUGUAGCACUCGCUCAAAGACGACCAGAAGUUGCCUCAUCUAGCUUUGCGGAAUGGCUCUCGGACACCUUCGCUAUUUAUAAUACAGAGCAAGUGCCACAGGUUGCUAGCAAUGCCGUGCUUCUGAAAUUCAACAACGGCCAGCUUCAGUCACAAGACGGCCAAUGGAGAAUACCCGUUUCGCGGCCAGGAUGGUUUGACAUUGGCGACGUCGGGCCAGGGGGACUACCAACCAAGCUCUCUUCGACGAAUCUCCUUGGCCACUGGAAGUUCUGGAGUCCAGAGUCCUCGGAUUUCAUCAGUGGAGCCAUGAGAAGCCUUGUGACGUCUUCUGGCACUUGUUCCUUGGACCUAGGCGUCCCUGUCUUUGCGCAGCACCCUAAGCUCAUGAUUCGAGAAUGCUAUUCUUGGGUUGGGGUUCCUAGUCCGUCGGCCAUAUUGCCCAUCUGGGAGCGAUAUGAAAACUUGAACCAUGCUAGAGACGAUGCAGCUCUCCAAGAACUAUUAAUCUCGUUCGAUGACUCCGGACUACUGCCGAGCCAAGGUUGCGACAUGCUUGAACGCGAGAAAUUCACCGAGAUGCUGACGGACCUUCGCGGCAAGCGUGCCUUAGUGACCAGCACAAGCAAUUUGCCAAAACUUAUCACUGAAGACGAUCUCCUGGCAAUCUUUCAGACCGACGACAGGCCAGACGCAACGUAUGUCCUCGGCCAUCCCAGACCAGAUGCCGAUUCUGCAUGCAGCGCACUUUUCGAAGCAGUUCGAAGGAAAGUCCUUUAUCCGGAAAGGCCUGUCCAUACGUGGUGUGAGUAUGUGCCACCCGAGGUCAAGUACAUUCUCGGGCCACAAUUUUCGAGCCUGUUGUCUCGUGUGGCAAAGCCCCGAAAUUAUCACAACAUUGUACUCGUCGAUUGUCACAAGACCGAAGCCUGCUUUCGCAUGGGCGUGCGAUCGAUCAUCGAUCACCACAUCAUUCGGAAAAAAUUUGCGCCUUAUGUUUCGAUCAGCCAUGAGGUGUCGUGGUCUUCCACAAUUCAAGUCUACGUCAAAAUUCUGGGAUCUGGACUGGAUCUCGCGCCCUCACUCGCUAAGAUAUUGCUCGAAGCUACACGACUAGAGGCGGAACCAGGGUUGAUGAAGUAUAUGAGCAAUCUCGACAGACUCGCCGUCAAAAGGUUGGAGUCAAUUGCGAGUACUGCAGCCACAUAUUCUGAUCUUAUGCAUGUGAUGACCGAAGCAUCGUGCCCACAGGAACUGUUCUACAAGGAUUACAAGGAGACGAACUUUGGCUUUGCAGUCAUCAAAAGCAGGCAAGCGCUCGGCUCUCAGAUCCAUGCUCUUGCUACGACAAACAACACGAACCACCACUUACCUCUAACCAUUGUGAAGGAGGUCUUGUAUCGUGACGGGUUCGUUGCUGUCAAAUCUGAAACGAUCCUGAUCGUCUCGAAUCCCGAAUAUCAUGACAAAGGAUUUACGAGAUCCGUCUUGGACGUCGUGGCCCUGGCAUGUCGACAGUUCCAUGGUACCGAAGCUGUGUCUCUCUUCGAUAAAGGUGUCCUCGUCGCCGAAGCAAAGUAUCAGACCCCCAGACUUUUGCUGAUGCCAUUGAUCGAAGACAUUGUCACCGAACACCUGCGCUUCGCAUAUUCGCCUGCACUGGAUAAAUUUAUGUCCAUAGGUUUCUAUAGUGGUCAAGCAAAAACGUAUAGUAUCCCAGGCGAAGAUCAAAUUGUCUUCGCCGGACUGUCUUAUACCAAUGUGGCUCAGUUUCUUUCGGACAGUGUCCGGAUGUCUAUCCUCACACUACCAGAAUACUGGAAGGUGUACCAGGAUUUCGAGGCCCGCGGUCUCACAUACGCCAUCACCAGCCUCCAGUGUCCACGCUUUGUCGAGGUCUUGGAUACUCUCAUCCUUGACAGCCAUCGUCUCGUGCACGGAGCGAUAUCAUCCAACAAGGACAACAAGAAAGAGAUACAACUUGCACAUCCCAUUCAAUCAGCCCGUCCUGCCUUGAUCAGGGCCGAAGACGGUGACUUGGUCACGGGGCUUCCCCGAAAACUGUACUCGGCAGACACCUAUGGCGAUUCUUCGCUCUGGCGAUACUGGACGCCGGAUACGCCUCCAAGCCCAUCGGAUCAUAAUCUAGGAGUCCAAGAAUCCCCUACUGUUGCGACUCGGGGUCAUAUAUUUGUGAUGAAUCAAACCUGCCUCGACCUGAAAGUCCAUGUAAAUGAGUCGACACAGUUCCUGACAUUCAGGCCCAUCUAUGAUGACAUUGCUGAGAUUAGGUAUGUGGUUGAACCGGCGGAGAGCUGGAUCCGGUUGAAGAUGCUACCGAGGCUCUUUUCUCUGACUGGUUAA